ACAAAACAGAGCAUAAGCACUUGGACUCCUCUACUAACAAAUAUAUUUUUGAUAUUAGAAAAUGCCAGGUCUAUUCAAGAUUAUGCAGACUCUACUUUUACUUGGACUUUUUAUUGGUAAAUUGACUUUGGCAUCAGAGGCACACAAGCAUAAGGGAUGCUUCAGUGCAGAAGAACUGGAGGAUGGAGCUCUUAAGAUCUUGCGUCGAAACCGGUACCUGAAAGACGGUCAUAUUGAUGAAACGCAGUAUCACAAGCUGGGUACGAAGAAGACCUGCCCUGCUGUGCUUCAUUCACAGUCAGUAGACUACAACAACCGUUCUGUCUCCCCCUGGCGGUACAGCAUCGAUAGCAAGGAGGGACGAUUCCCUGAGAAGAUUGUUGUUGCUGAAUGUCUAUGCACGGGAUGUAUCAUCGUCAAAGGGCACGGACAUCACGGGGCCGAAUACGAAGAUUAUGGAUAUAACUCUGUGCCUGUAGUGCAAUCCCAGAUGGUUUUGAUGAAGACCGACUGCACGACCGACCCAGGAAAAUAUUCAUUCAGCUCACAUUAUAUUAAAGUGCCUAUUGCCUGCACCUGCGUUAAGGCUAGGACAUAUUAAGUGCCUCUCAUAGAGGACAUUUUUUUAGACAAACUGUAGUGACAUGUUUCACAUUUUGUUGUGUUUGUUUUAAAAUGCACUUAAGUUAUUGAAAGUAUAACACUAUGCUUAUGGAUACGAAGCUAUCGAGAAUACAUGGAUUUUUACAUGACACUCUUAGGUACAUUAAUGUAGUACUUGUGUUGCAAGGUUGUAUUUAUUUGAUGAUCUAUUAACUAUUUAUUAGUCUCGGCAGACGGGUUUCCUCCCACAAUGUACCAAUGUUCCGGCUGUUGCUCAUAGGUCUGGGUUUCAGAGACUAACUAUUUAUUGAACUAUGUUCUCAAGCUAUUUAUUUAUCGAUGUUUUUUGGUGACUUUUGUUAUUAGGCCUAUUCCUUUCAACAUCAAUGUGUUCUUCUGUUCCUGUUUUCCCAUCAACAUAAUUAAACAUUUUAGAUAGCUGCCUCUGUUGAAAUUGGAAAUGGUAAAUAUUCGAAUUUUCUGCGCAUUUAACGCAGUAUACUAUAAGAAUCGUUUGAUUAGGCUAUUUAUCGGUAUUGAUUUUGACAAAUUGUACGUGGGUGAUGAAUUUAUAGAAAUGUAGCAGAAUUUAUGAAAUGUUAUUGUUGUUUCCUUAAUAAAGAUUACUCAUGAAA